UGCGGGCCAAUCCCCCGAUAACACCAGCGAGGACGCCGGCAGGCUGGCGCUGGCCGCCGGGCUGCAGGUUUCUAUUGGCUGCAGUUCUCCGCCUGUCGUCACCGCGCCGGGCGAAGGACGUGACGUGCCCAGUCCUUGUGCGUGUGGCUGGCUGGCUGGCUGGCUCACUCACGGCGUCUGCAGGGCUUGUCUCCUCGGACAGCGUUUUGUGGGGGGUUUUAUUUCACUGACGGACGCCCGAGCGCUGCCCGUGAAGCCAACGUCGAUCGGAUCCACCAUGCAGGCGAGGUGCGGGUUUUAAGGAGGGACCUGCGUUGCACUGUUCCCCAGGAGAGCGUGGACACCCACCCCGGUGAAGCGGCGGCUCCGCACCCCCCUCUCCCCAGGUGUACAAACAGCUGACAAAAGAAUGGAUUUCAAGCAGCUGGUGGACAUAGCAGAGAAAUGGUGCACCGGCACCCCUUUUGAUUUAAUUGCUGCCGAGGAAAUAGACGAGAGGCGGCUGGAUUUUUACGCAGAGCCCGGACUUUCCUUCUACGUGCUGUGUCCCGAUAUGAACGGUGGUGCUGACAAUUUUCACGUGUGGAGUGAGAGUGAGGACUGCCUGCCCUUCCUGCAGCUGGCCCAGGACUACAUCUCCUCCUGCGGCAGGAAGACCCUCCUGGAGAUCCUGGACAAGGUCUUCCGCUCCUUCCGGCCUCUGCUGGGGCUCCCCGAUAUCGAUGACGAUGCUUUCGAGGAGUACCACGCAGACGUGGAGGAGGGGGAGCCCGAGACGGACCACCAGCAGAUGGGCGUCAGUCAGCAGUGAGGGAGCCGAUGGCAGGGAGAGGAAGAGAGAGCCUUUGCCACAGAACCUCAGUGCUGCCCCCUACAGGAGAGCCAGCAAAACUCCACCUACAUCUCCCUUUACUGCACACCAGCCAGGUUUACCCCGUAGUUUCAUGUCAGCAGGCUUAAUCCUCCAGCAGUCCGUGCCGACCUUGGCUUGUCCUUUUAGAACAGGGUGGGAAGAAGGUUAUUGUCAGAUGAACAGCUUAUCAGUUGCAUUUUCUUCUUUUUCUGAAAACGCCUUUGCUUUCUCUUACCGUGCCAUCGCAGUGGCAGAGUACAUAGUAAGUAGUGUAUUUCAAGCCCUUUCGUUUUCAGCAACGUCUCCACUUAGAGUGGAGUUUCCCUUGAAUUUCCUAAAGAUGGUGAGAAGGCUUUGCCAGUCUUGCCAGUACGGUGCGUUAUUACAGCUUAAAUGCAAGAAUUGUUAUUUCUUAGGAGUAAGGCAAUGACAGUACACUGAAAGGACACAUUUGCUGUUGCCGAAGUGCAAAAAUUCCACACAGAUUAAAAUGGAAGCCGUUUCCCCUCGUGAUGCAGAUUUAAGGUGAAUUACAGCGGAAUGUGUAGUGCGGAGAAUCUUUGCUUCUUCUCAAUUGAAUAAUGUGCAACACUUAAGGAAGAGGAGAGAGGAAGCUAACAAGAGGAAAUCUGAAAUGAAACAUGUUAUUACGAUAUUUUAAAUAUAUCUAGAAAAAAAAAUUAUCUUAAUUGUUCAAUAAGCUUGGCAGAAACCCUGUGAAAAUUAGAAAAUUGUUUCCCAGACAUAUACAGUACAGUGUAUGGCUAUAAUUUUCAUUAUUUAGACUUCAAUGCUUUUAUGUAAUUAAUUAGAACAUGCAUCUAAACUGAUAGAUGUCCAUCUGAUGGGUUUGAUAAAGCUUUUAUUAUUUGCAAAAUGUGUUUCAGAAGGACGUACCGUAUUUGUAACAGUCUACUAGACAUUCCUGCAUUUUUAGCUGGGCUUCUGUCUUAUGUUUAGCAGUAUUACCAGAUCUGCAUUAUUAAGUAGAUAUUCACACAGUUGAGUCCCACGUGUUUUGCUGCACAAAAAGCAGUGAUUCUUCCUCUUGCAUACUUAAUCCCAAAUAAUAAAGUAAGAGCUGAAAUAUACAGAGCUAACUCUCUUGCUCUUUAAGCUUAGUUCUCAUUUAAAAAUAUUCACAAAUCAAGAUUUCAGCGUUUUGCUUUUGUCUUCAGCAAUAAGAGAGUUAGAAAUGUAUAAAGAUGAGGUGUCAUAAGCUACAUGCAGCUCUGAUUUCUAUUAAACUUUGGUCCAAACUUAACACUUGUUGCGUCUUGAUAAUAUGUCUUGCUAGUGAUUCUUCCAAUUUCUUGCAAAAUUCGUGGCUGUGUUGCCUAAAACCUCCAGACAGGACAAAAUCUCAGUGCAUCUUCUGGAAUUGUUUCUCAGUGUUUGGUAUAAUGAAGUGCAGUAGGUUGCAACUCUCAAAUGGCACUUUGCAUUUGAAUUGUAAUUUGCUGAGAAGCACUAUCUGAACAUUUUAAGUAGCACUUGACUCGGAGAGAAUUAUUAUGCAGUGUGGAAGGCUACAGAGCAGUGGAACAAAGGGAUACUUCUUGCCUCUGUUUCAAGUGAGCUGUGCUCCGUGAGUCUAGAGAACAGCAGCUUGACUAGCACAGAAACUGGAAAAGAGAGCACCUGUCCUUCUGCUGUCCACCUUAAAACGCAUCCAGAAAAAGUUGCCCUCGUUGUAUGGCAACCUGACUUUUUCCAGAGAUGGACAAUAUUUCAGAAAUGUCAAGCCUCCCAGUACUCUUGGUAAACCGCAUAUUAAAAUAUUUCUUUACCGUGGCGGCCUUGAAAUGAAGAUUACAACAUGGAGUGAUAAAAUGAUGAAUUAAAAUGUUUUACACUGAAUAGAACUGAUCAUGGCCACUACAGGAAAUUAAGCAAGUCUCUUGCACAACCCUGUAUAGAGAAGAAGGCCUGUGUUUAGUAACAAUUUACAAAAGUCCUAAACUUGAAGAAAAAAACCUUGGAGACUUGCAUAUCUGAAGUCCAUUUCCAUAUUAAUGGUUAGUAUUUCUUAUCAGGAGAUACUAAAUAUUGUUCAGACUUAAACUCAAAGCCUUAAGUACUACGCCUAAUGUUUUGCAGGUGAUCAAAGACUUUGGAGUGAAUUAUAUCAAGUGUUUUACACAAACAUAGCUUAGUUAAAGAGACGGCUUUGAGUUUUUUUAAUCUGCCUUUCCAAAAUAAUUCUUGCAUUUGGGUUUACCUUCAACUGCAAAUUUAAGCCUUAAUGAAUUAAUGAAUGAGAGUUGUGUCCCAUUGAAGCUUUGUAUCAUGUUCAGCUGGGAUUGGAAGAGGUCACAGAUUUCUCCUGACCACUGCACUGUGUGGUUGGUCAUCUCUGUCUCUUCAGACACUGAGACACAUGUAAUAUACUAACACUAACACAAAAAUGUUUUGUACUGGGAUGACACGCUGCUGGUAUUUCUGAGAUAGUGAACAGAGGUCCCAGUUCCCGGUUAUGUUUUCCAGUUGGUUUUAUUUCAUUAGUUGCCCAAGACAGCAGAACCCCCCUUGGUAGCAAACAGGUACUGUGCAUUAUCUAAAAAUGCUGUGAUGUGAUUUGACUACUGCUUGGAUGCAGAGGAACAACAAGGGGCAGCGUUUUGCAGGACAAAGGCACAUCUUCUUGAACAUUGCUGCUGAAUAAGGAGACACAUUAUCUUUAGGGCCCCAUCGAUUAAUUGGGGAGUCUGUGUGGAGCUUAUAUGUAAAAUUAUAGCAUUUUAAUGACAGCUUAAACUGUUUCUCUGAUUGGGUUUUCACUAGUUUUAAGUGAUCGUUAAAUAUUUGCUAAGACUUGAAACCAGAAUCUACUAUCAUUCUUGUGGUCCCCCUGUUCAGUUAUUCAUAGGUCAGUUGUUUGUAAGCUAUCAAUCCGUUAAUCAAGUAAUGCUUGAAGGCUGAAGCGUGCUAAGAAUCUGGCCCCAAUCAGGUGGAACAGAUCACCUGCUGGACUGAUGCCCAUUGAAUUUCAUCAGGGUGCCCAGCCAGGUGGUUCUGCACUUCUGAGAACAAUAGUAAAAAUCAAUCUUGUAAAUCAGGGGUCCCAGACUCUGUCUCAGGGGCCCAGUGUGCCCUGGUGUUUGUUCCAGUCACGUUUUCAGCUACAUUCUUGAAUUAGCUGUAUAAUUGUUGAAGGUCUCGCCAGGCUCUGAGGUGAUUUGUAGGCAACUCUAACUGUAAUGAGGUGAAUGAGUUGUGUAACCAGCUGUAAAAGACCUCAACAACAAUCCUGUGUGUGUCUAAUUCUGGAAGCAAUUAGGUUCAUUUAACUGGCGGCUCAAGGUAAAACCAAAAACUAGAAGAUUUCAGGCUCUCCAAGGACUGAGAGAGAGCCCCCCGGGUGGAAAUAAACUGUGGUGUUUGUUCACGGCUUUAAAAAUGGGUUUCCUUUUUCUCCAUCUGGUGAGGUUGAGAGGUGCUCUGGGAUGAAUUGAUUCUCUGAUAAUACAGGGUGGAAGAAGAAAACAAAUGUGGUACAAACCUUAGUCAGGCCUUAACACUAAGACAUCGGGACUAACUGACCCCUGACGUCCUGACUUUCUCAUGCAUGCCAGCUCGAUGGGAUAGGCCUGCGCGUCGGUGUGUAUUUCUGAACGCAGGGCGACACUGCGGGUCUAAGCUGAGAUCUGCCCUGUUGAGUUCGGCUGUUGAGAUGUGUUCAGUUGCUGUGUGGCUCCUUGCUUCCAUUCCAGUCCAUUCACAGGCCGUGGGUAUGUUGUGUGACCCUCUUGUGUUUUUAUCUUCUGCUUCCUUUUGCUUGAUUGAACCUGCCCCCCUGGUCUGGACCUGUACUGUAUCUCUCGAGGCUUUUAAAGUGCUUUUAGGUCUGGCGUGAGAUCAGGCCAUUGCGUUUGACCACUUUUAUUUCAUUCAUUGCUCAGGCACUGGAUCUGCUUACUGCUUUUAUGAACUUUAUGAAGGUACACUAUUUUUUUUUAAUGAUCUGAUUUUUGUUUGCUUCUUUUAACGUGAUAUUCCCCUGUCUCUGUGCUUUGUUUUCUACUCUCACUGUAAAUUCUGGUUUAAAAUAUAUAUAUUGAAAUCA